AUGCUGACCAAGCGGUUUUUGGGCCUCAAUGGCACCAAGCUUCAGGUUGCCAUCGGCCUUGUCGCCGGGAUGGAUUUUCUGCUAUUCGGUUACGAUCAAGGUGUAACUGGCGGUUUGCUGACCCUCGACUCUUUCGUCAAAUAUUUCCCCGAGAUCAACACACUUGAAUCUUAUACUGGAGACUGGAGCCCCGCUGCGAGGAGUAACCAGUCAACCCGACAAGGUAUCACAGUCGCGGCGUACAACUUGGGAUGUUUCGCAGGUUCAAUUCCCACAAUCUGGAUCGGUAACAUCCUGGGUCGUCGCAAGGCAAUCUUUCUCGGAUCGUUCAUUAUGUGUAUCGGUGCCAUCCUUCAGUGCACGUCUUAUGGACUGGCUCAACUUAUCGUCGGUAGACUUGUCACAGGAUUUGGCAACGGAAUCAACACGUCCACAGUCCCUACUUGGCAGUCAGAAUGUUGUAAAUCUCAUCGCCGAGGCCAGAUGGUCAUGAUCGAGGGUGCCAUGAUCACAUGCGGUAUAACCAUUAGCUACUGGAUCGACUUCGGCCUCAUGUUCGCAGACCCCAACGAAGUUGCUUGGCGAUUCCCGCUAGCAUUCCAGAUCUUCUUCGCAGCAAUUAUUUUGGGAUUUGUGAUGUUCCUCCCCGAAUCACCACGCUGGCUUAUCUUGAAAGGUCGCGAGGAAGAAGCAAAGGAGGUUUUAACAUGCUUGAUGGGCGAUGAGACCGACGAGCUUUUUAUCGAAACUGAAUUCACCGCUAUCAAGGCGACUGUGCUCGAAAUGGCAACGGGGUCGUUCCGAGACAUGUUCACAAUGGGCGAGGACCGUCAUUUCCACCGUACCAUGCUCGCAUAUGUGAAUCAGAUGUUCCAGCAAAUUUCUGGUAUCAAUCUGAUCACCUACUAUAUCCCCACUCUACUCGAACAGCAGGUUGGUUUAGACGCCACGACCUCACGUCUGAUUUCUGCGUGUAAUGGCACAGAAUACUUCAUCGCCUCCUGGAUAGCUGUGUUCACCAUUGAGAAGUUUGGCCGUCGAACACUCAUGCUCUUUGGUGCCGUGGGGAUGUCAAUCUCAAUGGUAGUGCUGGCCAUUGCCGACAGCAUUUCCUCCAGCCACAAACAAACCCCCGUCGGCGUCAAGGCAGGAGUGGCCCAAACGGUCUUCCUGUUUGUGUUUAAUACAUUCUUUGCCAUUGGUUGGCUUGGUAUGACUUGGCUGUAUCCCGCUGAGAUUGUUCCAUUGAAGAUUCGUGCCCCGGCCAACGCAUUGGCUACCUCAUCCAACUGGAUUUGGAACUUCAUGGUUGUCAUGAUUACUCCAGUUGCUUUCGAAAGCAUCGGUUAUAAGACUUAUAUCAUUUUUGCCGUCAUCAAUGCGGCCAUCGUGCCGGUGGUCUACUUCUUCUUCCCUGAGACUACCAUGCGCUCACUGGAGGAGAUGGACCGUAUUUUCCGCAAGACUACCAGUGUCUUCGAGGUGGUGUCACUCGCCCGCAGUGAGCCCCACAUGUAUGGUCCCAACGGCGAGCUUUUACGUACUCUGGACGACGCAGAGGAUGAUGCCGUUCGCCGUGCUAGUUACCUCAGCAAGGAGGGUAAGGCACAAAACCAGAGCCUGACUCAACAUGCCGAAAAUUACAGCGAUGGUAGCGAGGAGAGAUAA